AAACCCCAACCACCGAAGCCAACAACCUUGAAACUGACAAAACCUGCAAGACUGUGUCAUCCUUUUUCAUCCUACCAAAGUUUUUCGCAGCUUUAAAUAAUAUUUAUAGAAUCAAAGAAAACCCUGAAAAUUUCAAAGAUAUAACGGAUACAGUAAAACUAUUAAAGGAAAUUCUUUGUGUAGUAGAAGCAAAGAGUUCAGACAUCGAACAUGGGUUCACACAGAACCUUGUUCAAUUAAAAUGCGCAUGCACGACUAAUAGAAAUAUAAAUACAAAUGGGAAACGAAGGAGCGUUGGGUACGUACAUGGUGUUGUCACUACCGGUGAAAAGUGGUUUUUCACUGUAGUGACAACAGAAAAUCAGAUAGGUGCAAUUCAUGUACCCUAUAUUUUGCACCUUAGUGAUAAAGACAUUGCGGAUAAAAAACUUGAGGAUGAUGUUAGACUUUUGUUUUUGGUUCUUUGA